AACAAAUUUCAAAAAAAAAAAGACUCCAUACUCCAAAGCUAAAAAGCUAAUCAUUACCCGAAGGCAAAAGAGAGGCCAAAACGCUUAAAAGCUGACCGAGAAGCCGCAGUGAGGUUUCUGCAUCGGAGAUUUAAUCUCGCCGGUGAUUCGGAGCCGCUGCAUCAGGAAGCCAGAGAAAAAAGGGAUCCUAGAGCAAUAAGCCAAAAAAUGGCUGAUUGGGGCUCGGUUAUUGUUGCCACAGUGCUGUUUAUUCUGUUGACGCCGGGGUUGUUGGUUCAGAUGCCGGGCCGUGGCCGGAUCAUUGAGUUUGCCAAUUUUCAAACCAGUUGGGUUUCCAUCGUCGUCCAUACCGUUAUUUACUUUGCUCUCCUGUGCAUUUUAUUGAUAGCCAUUGGUAUCCAUGUGUAUGUUGGCUGAUCAUCAUCAUCAUCAUCACUUGGCCUUCUUUUCAACUCAGCAUCUUGUAAUCUUAUCUGUAAUUCUGACUACCUUCAUCUUCUAUGUAACAGAACAAAUGUGAAUUGUCCAUCUUUGUAAACAAGGUAUGUGUGUGUGUGGGGGGGGGAUCAAUCUUUGUAAUAACAGUACUCAGUAUGACCUGUAAUUUCGUUCACCAUUGCCUACAAAGUAGUAAAUCUCAAUAAUGUAA